ACUGCAGACACCGUGAAAAUAGUCGUUCCGAUGAUUUAUCGCUCAAUUCAUAUAAUAAAGUAUCAAAAGGAGAGUCACUAUACGAUCAACAGAGGGUUCAAAUAUAUUAUCCAAACGGCUAUCCGGCUGUUGGGGGACACGGAGGCAGUGGUAGCGGACCCGUUGGGGGUCAGCAACAGUCGCAAGACUGUAAUCACCAAAUACAGCAUCAAAGCCAUCACAUCCAGGGAGGGGCUGAUGUGGAGUGUGGCGGAGGUGUGGGCACAGCGCUGGUCGAGCCGUCCAGAAUGCGCCGAAUGGGUCAGUUCGGGUAUAUGGAGCACGUCUAUGAUGUGCCGCAUCGUAUGCGUGAAAAGCAAAUGGGACAGACAGUGAAUGAGACAAAGAUAUCGAGUUAUUCAAUGCUGUGGACGCAACCAAACAGCAAAGAUUUGGAUGAUUGCGGUCAACAACUGGAGGAAAACGACUCGAAUAGUUUAAUAGAGUCAACAGAAUUGGCCAACGCUUUGACCAACACUAUAUAUGAUGUGAUAU